GUAAUGUCAGUGUAUCUUGUAUGAAUUUGUGUGAUUUUUCAUAAAUUUUGUGGCAAUGGAAGGGUCUCUAAGUAAAUGGACUAAUGUUAUGAAGGGGUGGCAAUAUAGAUGGUUCGUGUUAGACGAUAACUCCGGCCUGCUGUCGUACUAUACCUCUAAAGAAAAAAUGAUGCGUGGCGUUCGGAGGGGCUGCGUUCGGUUAAAAGGGGCGGUUAUCGGUAUCGACGACGAAGAUGACAGCACGUUUACAGUUACCGUUGAUCACAAGACCUUUCACUUCCAAGCUAGAGACGCGGAAGAACGGCAAAAAUGGGUGCAUGCUUUAGAAGAAACGAUUAUUAGACACGGCAAUAGGUUGAGGUAUGAAACCCAUCAUCCGUCGCCGACCAUCAGGGAUUUUGAUAACAAAGUUUCUGAAGCAGAUGCAUAUCUACAACUUAUGAUAGACCAAACUAGGAAAUUAGAAGAACGAAUAUCGACUAUAACAGAUUCAGAUGAAAAAGUUAAAUGUCAAGUUAUAUUAGAUCAUGCAAAUAUUAUGUUGGAUAACAUCAAACACUCAAUAGUAUUAUUACAAAUAGCUAAAAAUACGGCGCACCCUGUAAACGGUAUUUAUCACCAGAGAGCGGGUACUUCGAACUCAAACGUCGCCUCAACGGGUACGGAAACAGUACCAGGGGAUGCAGUAGUUCAAUCAGGCAUCGAAUUAGGUUCAGAAUGUGUUGAAAAUGCUAGGCGGCAUAGUAGGUCAAUAAAUAACCCAACGUCUCUGGUGGUACCGGAUAUGUCGUACUCCAGUUCCGAAGGGGAAGACGAUUUCUACGACGCCAAUGACUCUCCUUUCUCUUCUGGCAGCCAGCUUCCUUCACCAGCUAGUAUAAGAUCAUUCGACAAUGACGCCCAAACCCCAGUUCCUGUUAAUAAAUCUCCCAUCGACCCAGUUGGAAACAGCAUUAGACAAGAUAGUAUUAGAUCUAGAUCAAUUAUGGAGGACCUCGAUUAUGAUGCUUUAUAUGAAGAAAGCGACGAGAAUGGAUUGGAGUUGGAGAGCCACGGAUCCGUCAUUAGACACCUACUGUCGCAAGUUAAAAUCGGUAUGGAUCUGACGAAAGUUGUUUUACCGACCUUUAUAUUAGAAAGAAGAUCUUUAUUAGAAAUGUACGCAGAUUAUUUUGCGCAUCCUGAUAUGUUUAUAAAUAUUCCAAACAUUAAAGACCCUAGAGAACGUAUGGUACAAGUAGUUAGAUGGUAUCUAUCCUCGUAUCACGCAGGAAGGAAGAGUACUGUAGCCAAAAAACCUUAUAACCCUAUAUUAGGCGAAGUAUUUAGGUGCCAUUGGGACGUUCCGAAUUCCGACAAUGGUACAGACGAUAGUUUAGCUGAAGACGGUCCCGUACCGUGGUGCAAGAGGUCGCAACUUACAUUUGUUGCUGAACAGGUGUCCCAUCAUCCGCCAAUAUCUGCGUUCUACGCCGAACACUACAAUAAACGGAUCAGCUUCAACGCGCAUGUGUACACCAAGUCUAAAUUCCUCGGCCUGUCAAUAUGUGUGUACAAUAUUGGACAAGGUAUCGUCAACGUUAUCGACUACGACGAAGAGUACAUAUUGACAUUCCCUAACGGUUAUGGCCGAUCUAUACUCACUAUACCCUGGAUCGAAUUGGGUGGUACGGUUACCAUUAACUGUCCAAAAACGGGCUACAACUGUAAUAUAGAAUUUAUCACAAAACCCUUCUACGGAAAUAAAAAGAAUAGGAUUACGGCUGAAGUGUUCGGGCCAGAUGAAAAGAAACCUUUCCUAACUGUUUCGGGAGAAUGGAGUGGAAUUAUGGAUUAUAAAUGGACUGAUAGAGAGACUGAAGAAUACGUAGAUGUUAACCAAUUAAACAUUAUAAAGAAACAGGUCAAACCGAUUAGUCAGCAGGAGGAAAAUGAAUCGCGUAAAUUGUGGAAAGAAGUAACGGCUGGUUUGAAAUUUAACGAGAUCGACAGAGCUACCGCUGCUAAACAAUCUUUGGAACAGAAACAGAGAGACGAAGCCAAGGAGAGGAAAGAGAGCGGACAGGAAUGGCAAACAAAGUUGUUCUACCGAAUUGGAGAAGAUGCGUUCACCUACAUAAAGCCUUUGCGACAGAGGAUAUUAUCCGGCCAACCAACGAACACUUGAGAAUACGAGUCGUAUCGUAUUUGUUACGAAUAAUAUUGUGCUUUUUCUAAACUUUCCUGAAAAAAACCCACUUUCGCCUGAGUUAUUAUUGUUAGUGAACUGUGAUAUAUAUUAUCAACAUGAGAGUAUGAUGUAUUUUUUAGGUUAUUCGCUUGGGCCGGGCCGAGCUACUGAAAAAUACUCGACACACAGAGUUUUAUGAAGUUUUUAUACAUUUAAAACUGAUUUUUGGUGAGUGAUUUGAGUUAUUUUUUAGUUUAAGUGGAAAAUAUGGGGAAAUACAAUGGUGUACUAUAAAGUUGUUGUUGAUUCUAUCCUCCAAAAGUGAACAUCGCAUUUUCAUGAAUUAAUCCUUAAUCAUUAAGAGUUUUAUUGUUUUUUCUCUAUUAAUAAACGUUUAUAAAGUA